UUUUUAAUUUCUGUAAAAUUGACCCGAUUGCACAUAAUAUAUUUUAAAUUGGCAACGACGAAAUAUUCUAGAUAUUUUUGAGCGGUAUUGAGAAUGGAUUUACCACCAGUGUUCGAAGAUCUAUCCAAUUUUCUACUAGCCGUCAAUCGUGGACUCGGUUCGGUUAAAAAUUGAAAUUAAUCGAAUGUAGUGUGAAGACGUCCUUAGACUUUUUAAUACUGCGAAAAUUAUUAUGAAACCUAUCAGCUCGACGCCAUGGCAGGGACUCAACAACAUAGAUUCGUCAAUGUCGUGCCCAACGUUAAAAUUAAGAAGGAGGUCUUAUCCUCGGAUGAUGAGAACUGUGUGUCCUGUCGAAUUUGCAACAAGAGUUUCGCCAGCGACAUGGCGCUGCGGAACCACGCGCGAAUGGAGCACAUAGACGCCUACGCCACCGGAGAUCCGUCAUCGUGGACGCAGCCUGAGGUCAAGAAACCGUCUAAGGAGAGUCAAGAGCAGAUGAUAAAGCUUAAAACUGAGAAGAUAAUUUCAUCCAUGGCACCAGCUGACCUGAUGACCCUCGCUUCAGAUGAUGUCAGCUACAUCAUCAUCAAGGCGGAGAAUCCUCCAGAGAGCCAGCCGAGGAAGAGAAAGUCGGAGACAGAGAAGGUGGAGAAGGUACCAGCGAAGAAAGAUAGGGAAAAGGAAAAAGAAGUUAGACCUAUCACCGGGCCUUUCGAGUGUCUGCAGCCGUCGACCCUGGUGGCUGACGGCACGUGCCACCAGAUAUUCUUCUCGUGCUGCGAGUACUCCGCGCACUUCCGGGACGAGCACACGCGGCGCCGCAAGGGCCUCCGCUGCCAGGUCUGCGAGAAACCUCUAGUGGCGUCAUACGAGCCCCUAGCGCCGUAUAGCUGUGUCGUGUGUGGCGCUGGGUUCCAGACCAGCAAGGAGUUGUCUGACCACAAGGCCACCGACCACAUCAAGCUGAAGCCGUUCCAGUGCGGCGUCUGCCUCAAGCGGUUCACGCAACAGGGCGGCGUUCAACAACACAUGCGCAUGCACACGGGCGAUAGGCCAUUCCACUGCACCUUCUGCCCGAAGUCCUUCACACAGAAGUCAGGGCUGGACCAGCACCUGCGCAUACACACGAAAAUGAAGCCGUACCGCUGCGUGAUCUGCUCCAAGAGCUUUUGCCAGUCCGUGCACCUGCGGCAGCAUAUGCGCACGCACACCAACGUGUCGCCCUUCCAGUGCGGCAUCUGCCAGAAGAGAUUCAAACAGAGUUCGCAUCUCAACUACCACCUCAAGAACCACAACCAGGUGAACAUGACGGAGGACCAGAAGACGGAGUACAAGAAACUGAUAUCACUCAUGAACCUCGAAAACAAGAAGGACGUGUACGUCUACGAUGGCAACAAAGUGCGGUUGGAGUACGAGAACCAGGUGGUGCACGAACAAGAGAUAGAAGGUGAACAGAUGGAGAUGGGAGAAGAGGAGAUAGAGCAGGAAGUGGAGGAAGAGGUGGAAACAGUCGAGGCUGAGGUGUUACUGGAGGAGCAAGAGACGAUAGAUGAUGAGGAGCAGAUCCUGGCUGAACAAAGCAUACAAGUCCAAGAGGAAGGAGGCGAAACAUAUAUACUAGGAGACGUCAUAUACGAAUAAACAAACGUAACAAUGGCCCCGAUUCCUGCAGACACCUCCUAAUUUUACUUCAAGUUAUACCUGUCAUUUUCUUAUCCGCCGAAAAGGAAAGGGACGGAUGAUUGACAGCUCUUAAUUUUAGGAAGAAUGAGUAAAUGAAUGAAUAACCCAGGCGAAUCAAAAAGGUAUCUCGCUGGUAUGCUAACCGUUUGACGUGUGCUGUCAACAUAAUUCUGUCGGGUUAUUAGCCAAUGUAAAAUUUUUAGACGGUUGUUUUAGAUUUGUUCUUAAAAUUGACGUGUGUUGACGUCAGCUG